CUCGCCAUUGCCGUCCUCAGGAAGCACCUGAAAGAGCAGAAGGAACUUAAAAUGAAGCCUAACACCUAUGUAGUAAUAAUUGUCCGAUAUCACAUCAUAUACUUUGUCCUGAAUUUGGCAAGUCAAAUCUUCACGGUGACAUUGUGGGCCCACCUUCCGGGUAUAAUCUCCUGUGAUUCCAGAGAGAUAUGUUCUAAUGCAGGCAUGACAGACGGCGGUGAUGAAUCUCGUACUAAUGUUCAAGUAUACCGCGCCAAUAAUCAUCGUGCCACGCCUUAUCAUCAGCAUCUGGGAUACCCAUGCCAACCACAACUGCGUACAUGUCAGUACGACGUUCGAGAAUUGUGUUUGUUGGACCUCGCCGCCGAACUUGGAGCCCCCCGAGAUUGAGUCCCA